AUGUGUAGAGAAAAAGCAGGAAAACAUGAGAACCAUAAACUAGCGGUAGUCUUGCGAGAAGUAGGUGAAUCACCCCUUUGUCAAAAUCUACUGAGAUUGACAUUUCCAAGGAAAAGAUCUUUGCCAACGUUUGCAUCCCCGUUCAUUGGAACAGGAGACGCAGUUGAGCAAUUAAGGACUUAUCGCAUGACACUCACCCAAUGGGACCAUUAUGAUAUGGUGUUGUGCAAGUUUUUUCCUGCUAGCCUAAAAGAUGAAUCCCUAUUAUGGUACAACAAUCUGCACAAGGGCCCAGUUCAGUCAUUUGACCACCAUCUAUCCGAGCUAUUUUUAGAGACGUACAUUCACAAUAGUCGAAUCCGACCUGAAGUUGACGCGUUGUUCCAAAUAUCGAGAGGGACGAACGUGUCACUCCGUUCCUUAGUCACACGAUGGAGGAAGCUAUGCGCCGGGAUUGGAAAUGUCCCCGAAGACUAUGCAACCUUGGGCUUUAAAAACAGUCUUAGAAAGACGGACCCACUCUUUGUCCGUAUGCAUGAGGGCAUGCCAAAGAAUCUGGGUAAACUAAGAGUAAUCCAAGAAGACUAUGUUGCCUUGGAGGAACUCCAAGACGGAACUUAUAACAAAAUGGUGAAAGGAACCAACGUGGUAGAACCACAGAACCUUCCAUCCCAAGAAGCAGGGCGAUCCAAUGGUGGUCCAACCCAGUUCGAUAAACAUCGGACUGGAGGAUGGGAAGGAAGAGAUCAGACCCAACAAAAGAAGGGGAAGUUUAUAGACCCUGUCUAUAGGAAUCUAAACACACCAAUCUCAGAGAUCCUCAAGAAGAUCGACGGACAACACACAAUUACCUACCCAUGGAAUAGAGGUCAGCAACCAGAACGAACUAAAAAUCGGUCUGACUUCUGUGAAUUCCAUCAAUUCCACAGCCACACAACGGAUUCGUGUAGGGACCUAAAGAAGGUAUUGCAAGACAUGGUCAAUGAAGGCAAGAUGCAAGAAUAUGUGGUGCAACCAGCAGCUCCACCAACAACUGAGGCACCCAUACUUCGCGUGGAGAUACCUCGCGAGGCGCAGUAUUUAGGCUGCAACACCAUCUCACGCUCGGAGAUUACCUCCCCUGUGUGA